AAGUGUGGGAAAGAGAGGGGAAAGCAGCACAAUUGGAUAAGCGAAUCAUGGUUGGCCAUCGAGUGAAAUCAUGUUUAGCUCGCUAUAAAUGAAUCGUACAUAGUUAAAGUUCCUAUAUGUUUGUUUCUUAUUGUUCCGUGGUUUCCUAAAACUAAGAUUUUGAGGAGCUGGUUUGCGACGUUUGGCUAAUGGUACAAAGUGGUUGGCUGCAGGAAAUGGAUCAGUCUGUGGCAAUUCAAGAGACUUUGGGUGACGGGGAAAAUUGUAUCAUAGUAUCCUAUUUUUAUUGCGAAGAAAAUCAGCAGUUUUUGUCCACUGUUUGACUGUGGUUAACUAGUUAGCUAGCUACAAGUCCUAACAAUAGUUCAGCAGUGAGGAUAUUCGAUCACAUCAUCAAAAUACAGGCCGAGGUUUUGACCGCAGGAAUUAAGAUGCUGUACGUGCAUAGUCCUCAACAAUAUGAUGCACUAAAUGCUGCACACGACUUGUAACGUGUAUGUUGAAAUCGUUUUGGUUUUGCCCUAAAAGACGCGAAACGUUUGAUAUAUAUCAAGGCCGUAUGCGGAGCACGCCCGCUAAGAUACACUUAGUUUACUGUUAAAAGUCAAUUGUCUUACAGGAUUUGUCCACACGGGGUCUCUUAAGUGCACCACUACGAAUGGUGUUUCGUUUCCCACGUUCCAUUAAUUUAACCUACUAGGUUACUAGCCGACACAAAGUAAUACCCUUUUGCCAGUGCCACAGGAUUAUAAAUAUAAAUAUAUUCUUAACAAAGUACUGUAAACAUGCUGUUCAAUGUCUUCUCCUGGACAAUGUGAUGGAAAGCAGGCUUCUGGGUCUGGUGGAACAUAUCAAGGAACAUGCGUUAUUCUUGUUUACUCACAGAAGAAUGGCAAUUACUGGUAAUGAUGUAACACUGCAAGAAAUAAUUCCCAUUUCAUAUGACUUUUCUGUUGUUGAAGUGUCCUCUCCAGAUGAGCUUGCUGUUGUUGGUGCAGACACUCGAGUGCGGUUAACAUUCUUUAAUGAGAAGAUGGAGUGCAAGUUACCUUUCGGUUCCCAAACACGUCUCUUCCUUAGUGAGGUUAACAGAGCCUGGUGUGAUGUUUGUGAGCAGUACCCAGAGGCCCCGAAAUUUGACUGGCUUACCAAGUACCAGAAAAACUCUAAAGGGCUUGGAUCAGUACCACCCAUUGCAACAUCAGUUGGAAAGAUAACUAAAACAGAGAGAUCUCCUAGAGCCAACAAUAGACGACAGAAUGAGGACACAAACAUAAAUACCAGCACAGAAAAGUCCAGAGAAGACGGUGUUUGUGGGAGUGGCCAGGGGACAGUGAAGGGUGAGGGAAGGAAUGAGCUGGUUCGCUCAUCCAGGCACACGGUAUCCAACAAAGCCCAGAUGCUCACCAUGCCCCAGUUUGGCCUACGAGACAACCUCAUCAAGUGUGAACUCCUCAAGAAUGAGGAAGCGUACACCUAUAUUCAGAACUUCAACUUUUUCCUGGGCACGUACAAUGUAAAUGGGCAGACACCAAGGGAGAGCCUGCGUCCAUGGCUGAGUGCCACACCUCAGCCUCCUGACUUCUACUGUGUAGGAUUCCAGGAGCUGGACCUUAGUAAAGAGGCGUUUUUCUUUAAUGACACACCCAAGGAGCAGGAAUGGAUGAAAGCUGUGUCCGAGGGCCUCCACCCAGAUGCCAAGUAUGCCUUAGUGAAGCUGGUGCGACUAGUAGGGAUCAUGCUGCUCUUCUAUGUGAAGAAGGAGCAUGCCAAGCACAUCUCCGAGGUGGAGGCAGAGGCUGUAGGCACAGGAAUCAUGGGCAGAAUGGGAAACAAGGGUGCUGUUGCAGUUCGUUUCCAAUUCCACAACUCAGACCUCUGUGUGGUGAACUCCCACCUGGCAGCACAUAUAGAGGAGUAUGAGAGACGCAAUCAGGACUACAAGGACAUCUGCAGCAGGAUGCUCUUCAGACAGCAGGACCCGACACUUCCACCUCUCACUAUCCUGAAGCACAGUAUUGUCCUAUGGCUUGGUGAUUUGAAUUAUCGAAUAAGUGAACUGGAUGUUGACUAUGUGAAAGACCUUAUAUUGAAAAAGGAUUUCGAAACACUUCACAAUUAUGACCAGUUGAAAAGGCAAAUGGAUGAAGAAACUGUGUUUGUGGGCUUUAUGGAGGGAGAGAUUGAUUUUCAACCAACAUACAAGUAUGACACUGGCUCAGACUACUGGGACACCAGUGAGAAGUGUCGGGUCCCAGCCUGGUGUGAUCGCAUCCUGUGGCGAGGGAAGAACAUCGUCCAGCAGUAUUACCAGAGUCACAUGACCCUGAGAACCAGUGACCACAAGCCCGUCAGUUCUCUGCUGGAGAUAGGGAUCAAAGUGGUGAAUGAGGAGGCUUAUAAAAAGACGUUUGAGGAUAUAGUACGGUCCCUGGACAAACUAGAGAAUGAGUGCAUUCCAUCAGUGUCUGUGUCUCAGAGUGAGUUCCACUUCAAGGAUGUGAAAUUCAUGCAGCAUCGAUCUGAGACUCUGAAGCUUCACAAUGACGGUCAAGUGCCAUGUCAGUUUGAGUUCAUCCAGAAGCUUGAUGAACCAGCCUACUGCAAGCCCUGGCUCACUGCAAACCCAGCCAAAGGCUUUCUUGCCCAAGGAGCCAGCAUAGACAUUGAUCUGGAGGUGUUUGUGAACCGCUCCACGGCUCCAGAGCUUAACUCGGGUCAGCAGCAGCUCGAGGACAUUUUGGUGCUUCACCUGGAGAGGGGCAAGGACUACUUUAUCUCCAUCACAGGCUCCUACCUGCCAAGCUGCUUUGGAUCAUCCAUUCAUACCCUCUGCCAGAUGAGGGAACCCAUUCAGGAAAUGCCCCUAGAGAUGAUCCACAGACUAAGUAUGUUAUCACCCAGUGAGAUGAGUAUUCCAUGCACUGAGAAGGCUUUAGACAUUCCAAAAGAAAUAUGGAUGAUGGUGGAUCAUCUCUAUCGCAAUGCCAGCAAACAGGAAGACCUCUUUCAGCAGCCAGGCCUACGAAGUGAGUUUGAGGUGAUCAGGGAUUGCUUAGAUACAGGCACGCUUGACUCCCUCCCUGGAAGCAACCACUCAGUGGCUGAGUCCCUGCUGCUGUUCCUUGAUGCCCUACCUGACCCAGUGGUCCCAUUUUCAGUAUACCAGGAGUGCCUGGAUUGCAGCUCCAAUAUUGGCCAGUGUAAAAAGAUUAUUUCCUUGCUACCUCAGUGCCAUAAAAAUGUUUUUAACUAUUUAACGGCAUUUCUUCGGGAAUUGUUGAAAAAUUCUGCCUACAAUCGCUUGGAUGUCAAUAUUUUGGCCACAAUAUUUUCUGCCUUAUUGGUAAGGCCCUCCACAAAGCAAGACCAAAUGGAGAAGAGGAAAACAAGAGAGUUUUUCCAGCAUUUUCUUAUUCAAGACUCCCACUAAUGUACAUUAAUAUCAUUGUUAUUUUAAUCCAAAUAACUGCUUAAGGAAAUAGCUGUAGUUUAUGUGCCAAGAUUGCUCAAUUUUUAUUCAGCACAUUUUAGUUGAACUGCUUACAUUUUACUUCAAAGCUUUUUAAAUAAAAUAUAAAACAGCUUUUUUAUUAGGCAGCAGGAAUGCUGAUGUAUCUAUAUAGAAAGUAGUCAUUAUUUAAAGAUCAAAUGUAUUAGAAUUUUUACUGUUUGUAAAUA